CUGGGAGCUUCCCAUAGCCUAUGGGAAAGCUUUCAGAUUCAUACUCAUUCAUAAGAAACAGGAACAAGUUAAAAGCUGGCACUCACUUCAAUAUCGAAGGAAGAGCUUCUUCACGGGACUCUACUUUGCUUUUAUUUUUUUAUUAUUUAGUUUGUUUUCUACUCAGAAUAUCAAAACAUCCAAACACUCCUACACAAAUCAAAGCAUGACAAAUCACGUUUCAUGUGAUCUGCCCUUAUGCAAAAGAUACUCAUUCACAGAAAGAGACCAUGACUGUCGUCUCUCUGUUAGUCGCCUUCACCGUUCUUUCACUCUGUUUACACACUUCAACAUCUGAGUUCCUACAGUUUCAGCUCUCCACCAUAUCAUCAGCUGCACCUACGUUUUUGCCUGAAGCUCCUUCGAGUUUCUCAGCUUCACCUCCGGAGGCUAUGUCUCCAGAUAUAUCUCCUCUGUUCCCUACUCCAGGUUCAAGCGAAACGUCUCCUUCUCCGUCAGAAUCUUUUGACAUGCCGACAAUCCCCUCGAGCCUUAGUCCACCAAAUCCAGAUGCCGUCUCUCCUGAUCCUCUGCUUGACUCUUCUCCCGUGGGGUCUCCUCUUCCGGCUUCUUCCUCUGUUUCUUUGGUCUCGUCACCACUCUCUCUGCUUCUGGUCUUCCCCAUGUUAAUACUAGCUUUCUGCAGAUUCUAAUAAAUUAUUUUGAAACAGAGUGAGAGAGUAAGCCCUCUUUGACAUCUUGCUUGAAGAAAAAGAUUCACAAUGUAUACUUUUUACUCUCUGCUUGUUUAUGAAACUUUAUUUUUCUUGUAUAAUUUAAUACUACUAUUGUUCCUGU